AGCAGCGGGAGAAAGAGGGUCGGGAGAAGCUAGCGAUGUCCACCCUGGGCUGGUGGCGCCGCAGGGCGCCAGGUGCCAUGUGGGCACACUAGACAGCUGCUGUCCGAGCCCGGGCGAACUGUGCUGUGUGGUGCGGUGAGCUCUGCCUUCUUGAUCGUUCACCCUUGUUGGAGACAACUGCAAAGAGGAAGAGGGACUGGGUCCAAACGCGAGGUGGCUGGGUGUAGGUACCUACGUUUCGACUCUGUUCCUGUGGACAGCUGCUUGGUCUGAAGUUCCAGAAAGGAUCCUAUUCCCAGACAGGUCCCUGAGUACUGACUGUCACAGGCUGCCGCGUCUUUCCUGUUGACUCAUGUUUGGUUCCUCCAGUGAAAAUUUUACUUAGAGAAAUGCUGCCUCCAAAGCACUUGUACGCCACCAAACCUAAGAAGUUCUGGGCCCCAAAUCUGUAUGAGCUAGACAGUGACUUGACUAAGGAGCCGGAUGUCAUCAUAGGAGAAGGCCCAACUGACUCUGAAUUCUUUCAUCAGAGGUUUCGGAACCUAACAUAUGUGGAAUUUGUUGGGCCUCGGAGGACCCUGAUCAAACUCCGAAACCUCUGCCUCGAUUGGUUGCAGCCGGAGACACGCACCAAGGAGGAGAUCAUCGAGCUCUUGGUCCUUGAGCAGUACCUGACCAUCAUCCCUGAAAAGCUCAAGCCUUGGGUGCAAGCAAAAAAGCCAGAGAACUGUGAGACACUCGUCACUCUGCUGGAGAAUUACAAGGAGAUGUACCAGCCAGAAGACGACACCAGCAGUGACGUGACCAGCGACGACGACAUGAGCCGCAAGGGAAGAGAGACUCCACCACCUCGCUCUGUCCAUUCUUUCAGCAGUGACUGUGACCAGGACCGGGAUCGAGACCAGGACCAGGACCGGGACUGGGACAGGAGGGGCAGAAGCAGAGAUGUGGCAUCUCGAGACCGCUGGUCAUAUACCAGAAAUCCUAGAAGCAGGCUGCCACAACGGGAUCUUUCCCUUCCUGCGAUGGCAAAACCAAGGUUUGAUGUGGAAAGAGAUGACAACAGGGACUCCGUGGAUUAUGAAUCCCGAUCCCAGGAUGCUGAAUCAUACCAAAAUGUUGUGGACCUCGCUGAGGACAGGAAGCCUUACAACACGAUCCAGGACAACAUGGAGAAUUACAGGAAGCUGCUCUCACUGGGAGUGAAGCUUGCUGAAGAGGAUGGCCACUCUCACAUGACACAAGCCCACUCAUCGAGGUCCAAGAGAAGUGCCUACCCAAGCACCAGUCGAGGUCUGAAAACUGUUCCUGAAGCCAAAAAGUCAACUCACCGACGGGGAAUUUGUGAAGAUGAAUCUUCGCAUGGGGUGAUAAUGGAAAAAUUCAUCAAGGAUGUGUCACGCAGCUCCAAGUCAGGAAGAGCAAGGGAGCCGAAUGAUCAGUCGCUGAGGUUCCCCAGAAUGUCAGAUGAUAAUUGGAAGGGCAUUUCAUUCAACAAGAGGGAGUCAGUGAUCCAAGAGAGGAGUUAUGAAGGUAAUGCUACUAGGGGAGGCAAAAGACUUAAAUCAAACCUUAUUUCUAGAAAGAAAGUUCUUGAAAGAAAAAGACGCUAUCAUUUUGACACAGAUGGGCAGGGCUCAGCUCAUGAUCAGAAUGGCUGUGCUAGGAAGAAGCCCUUUGAAUGUAGUAGUGAGAUGAGGAAAGCCAUGAGCAUGAGCAGUCUGAGCAGCCUCAGUGCCCCCUCCUUCACUGAGUCGCAGCCAGUUGAUUUUGGAGCAAUGCCGUAUGUAUGUGAUGAGUGUGGGAGGUCAUUCAGUGUCAUCUCAGAAUUUGUAGAGCACCAGAUCAUGCAUACUAGAGAGAACCUCUAUGAGUAUGGUGAGUCCUUUAUUCACAGCGUUGCUGUCAGUGAGGUUCGGAAAAAUCAGGCUGGAGGGAAACGCUUUGAGUGUAAGGAGUGUGGGGAAACCUUCAAUAAGAGUGCCGCCCUCACCGAGCAUCGGAAAAUCCAUGCUAGAGAGUAUCUCAUGGAAUAUAAGGAACAGGAGUGUGAGGAGACUAUCAUGCCUAGCCCAACCUUCAGUGAACUUCAGAAGAUAUAUGGCAAAGACAAAUUCUAUGAAUGCAAGGUGUGUAAGGAAACCUUUCUUCAUAGCUCUGCCCUGAUUGAGCACCAGAAAAUCCAUGGUAGAGGGAACCUCAAUGAUGAAAAAGAUAAUGAGCGUGAAUAUGAGCGUGAACGUGAGCGAGGGGAAGCCUUUAUGCCCAACUCAGCCCUUAAUGAGUUUCAGAAAAUGUACAGUAAAGAGAAAAUCUACGAAUGUAAGGUUUGUGGGGAGACCUUCCUUCAUAGCUCAUCCCUGAAAGAACAUCAGAAAAUUCAUACUAGAGGAAACCCAUUUGAAAAUAAGGGCAAAGUGCGUGAGGAAACCUUUAUUCCUGGUCAGUCUCUUAAAAGGCGUCAGAAAACUUACACUAAGGAGAAGCUCUACAGCUUUAAAGAUGGCAGGGAUGCCUCUAGGCAAAGCUCAGACCUCAAUGAGCAUCAGAAAAUUCAUUCUCAAAAGAACCUCUUUGAAGCCAGGGGAUAUGAGAAAUCUGUCAUUCGUAGUGUGCCCUUCACUGAAUCUCAGAAGAGUCAUACUAUAACAAGACCGCCUGAAAAUGAGGAAGACGAGAAGGCAUUCACUAUCAGCUUUAACCCCUAUGAAAACCAGAAAUUUCCCACUAAAGAAAAAGUCCAUGAGGGGAAAUCAUAUGAGAGGUCUGUUAUUCAUAGCUUAGCCUCUGCUGAAGCUCAGAAAAAUCACAAUGCAGUGGGGCCCAGUAAACUGAAAAUGAUUGCAGAGUCUACCAUUCAGAGCUCGGAUGUUAUCAACCAUCAGAGGUCUGUUAUCCAUAGCUUAGCUGCUCCCAAGCCUUCAGAAAGUCAAAAUGGAAAUGAAUUGGUUGAAUACAAUGAAAAGGGAGAAUCCUCCACUUACAUUUCAGACCUUAAUGAUAAGCGACAGAAGAUUCCUGCCAGAGAGAACCCUCUUGAAGAGAGUAAGAAUAACUGUGAAGAUUCUGUUAUACAGAGUGUAUCCCAUACAAAACUUCAAAAAAGUCUUACUGCAGAGGGAUCUGGUGAAAUUAAGCAGGAUAGUGAAUUCUCUGUUCCUAGCUCAGAUGUUCGUCAGUACCGGAAGGCUCGUGCUAAAAAAAAGUACAUAGAACAUAGGGACAAUGAGACCUCUGUAAUUCACUCCCUAGCUUUUGGCAAACAGCAAUCAGUUCACCCUAGAGAGAAGCUCUAUGAAUGUCAAGAGUGUGGGGAGUCCUUUGCUCAUAGCUCUGAUCUCACUGAGCACCAGAAAAUUCAUGAUAGAGAGAAGCCCUCUGGAAGUAGAAACUAUGAACGAUCUGUCAUUUGCAGCUUGGCUCCUACUGACCCUCAGACAAGUUAUGCCCAGCAGCAAUAUGCUGAAGAGCAAGCGCGCAACAAAUGUAAGGAAUUUGGGCAAUGCUUUGCUACCAGCCGAGAAGUUGGUGUACAUCAGAAUAUCUAUGCCCAAGAGAAGUCCCUUGGUGAGGAGUCCCAUGGCGAGGAGCCCCAUAAUGAAGAGACCCAUAGCGAGGAGUCCCGUGAUGAAGAGACCCAUGAUGAGAAAACCCAUGAUGAGAAGACGUAUGGCAAGGAAACUCAUGGUGAGACAGUUGAAGACUCUGUCAUUCAAGGAGGAGGCAUGAAUGAGCCUCAGAAGGAUGACCCUGGUGACACAAUCUACGAAUGUCAGGACUGUGGACUAGGCUUUGUGAAUCUCACAGACCUCACAGACCAUCAGAAAGUCCACAGCAGGAAGUGCCUCGUUGAUAGUCGUGAAUACACACAUUCUGUAAUUCACACCCAUUCCAUCAGUGAAUAUCAGAGAGAAUACACUGGAGAGCAGCUCUAUGAAUGCCCAAAGUGUGGGGAAUCUUUUAUUCAUAGCUCAUUCCUUUUUGAGCAUCAAAGAAUUCAUGAACAAGACCAGUUGUAUUCCAUGAAGGCAUGUGAUGAUGGUUUUAUUGCUCUCUUGCCUAUGAAACCACGAAGGAAUCGUGCUGCAGAGAGGAAUCCUGCUCUUGCUGGGUCUGCUAUUCGGUGUCUUCAGUGUGGACAAGGCUUCAUUCAUAGCUCUGCCCUUAAUGAGCAUAUGAGACAUCAUAGGGAUGAUGAGUUGCUAGAGCAGAGCCAGAUGGCUGAGGAAGCUAUCAUUCCAGGCUUAGCCCUCACUGAGUUUGAGAGAAGUCAAACUGAAGAGAAACUCUUUGAAUGUACAAUCUGUGGAGAAUCCUUUGUCAGUGCCGCAGAACUGGGGGAUCAUCACAUAAGAAUUCAUAAGAAUGAGCCCUAUGAAUAUGGGUCCUCUUAUACUCAUACCUCAUUUCUUACUGAGCCCCUGAAAGGAGCUAUACCAUUCUAUGAAUGCAAGGAUUGUGGGAAGUCCUUUAUUCAUAACACCAUCCUCACUAAACAUAAGGAACUUCAUCUGGAAGAAGAAGAAGAAGAAGAAGCAGCCCAGGAAGUUGAAACCAAUGUCCUCGUUCCACAAGAAGUUCUGCGGAUUCAGGGGUCAAAUGUAGAGGCUGCCGAACCAGAGGUGGAGGCUGCUGAACCAGAGGUGGAGGCUGCGGAGCCAGAGGUAGAGGCUGCUGAGCCAAAUGGGGAGGCUGAAGGGCCAGAUGGAGAGGCCGCAGAGCCAAACGGAGAGGCCGAACAGCCAAACGGAGAGGCCGAACAGCCAAAUGGGGAUGCUGACGAACCUGAUGGUGCAGGAAUCGAAGACCCAGAAGAAAGAGCUGAAGAGCCAGAGGGAAAAGCUGAAGAGCCAGAAGGAGAUGCUGAUGAGCCUGACGGUGCAGGGAUUGAAGACCCAGAAGAAGAAGAUGAAGACCAAGAGAUUCAGGUUGAAGAACCAUACUAUGAGUGCCAUGAAUGCACAGAAACCUUCACUUCCAGAGCAGCAUUUGGUGAGCACCUGAAAACCCAUGCCAGCAUGAUCAUAUUUGAGCCUGCAAAUGCCUUUGGGGAGUGCUCGGGCUACAUUGAACGUGCCAGCACCAGCACAGGUGGCACCGAUCAUGCUGAUGAGAAGUACUUCAAAUGUGAUGUCUGUGGGCAGCUCUUCAAUGACCGCCUGUCCCUUGCUAGACACCAGAACACCCACACUGGCUGAGAACACCAGGGUAAAGGCUGGAAAGCCUUCACCUAGGACUUGACCCUUACCAAACCACAGAGAAUUCAAACCAACUCAUAAUAAUGUCUGUAGGAAACUUACCUUAGCAAGUACACACCUGACUUAACAUCAGACAACUCAGACUGAAAAGAGACUAAAUGUGGAGACUCCUUCAGUCUUAGGUCUCCCCUGUCACACAUCAGUGCAUCUGCAUGUGGGAAAGCCACAGUGCAUAUCUUACCUUCCAUCUAAGCAACCAAAUUGAGGGAAAAUCCUAUGAUUAUUCUAGACUAGAGAGAUUGCCCCAAUCAACUGUAAAUGGCACUCCUGUAGCCUAUAUAUAAUGUUUCUUGAGGUGUACAUAAAAUAGCAAAAAUCAUAGCAGAACAGCAAUCACCUAUAUUUGGAUUUAAUAUGUUAUACAGUUACAGUUUACUGCGUAGAAGUACCUUACCUGUACUCUGAAUUUUUUUUUUUUUUUUUUUGGAGGAGGGAGAGAGCAACAAUUUAGAAUAUAUUUGUAAAUGUCUUAGAUCCUUAGAUCCUUAGUGCAUUAUUUGAACCUUCUCAAUAUCUUUUUGAGUAAUUGACUAUGUUUUGUUCUUUACUCUUAAAUAGUCUUGUAAGGUGUAGGCACGAAAGAUAACAUGUCUUUUAUUCUUUGCUGUUUGAAAAGAGAAGUACUUUUAGCUUCCUUCUGCAGCCAUUUUGUCUGCACCAAUACUUUGGAACCUAAUGUUGUGUAAGCCUUUUUGUAAUACAAUAUGUAGAUUGGCCUUUUGUGACCCAAGUUCAUUGGUUGCCACAUUGUAUGCACUUUGCAGUGAGUGGUUUUCAUGCAAAAAUAUUAGAAGUUUGAUUUAAAAAAAUUUUUUUUAAACCAACUCAAUGUGUGAUUGACAGUGAAUUCAUAAAAUCUGAAGCUUUUCCCUGUAAAUGUUACAUCUUUGCCUUUGAAGAGUGGGUUGCAACCAUCACUACAUCACAGUAGUGCCUAAUGAAGGUUGAGAACCGUAAGAGAGGCUCUCAUGCUGUAAAUAAGGAUGCAGGCUAACGACCUUUCAUCACUUCCUUUGUGCGCUUCCUGCCUUAAGUGACAAGUAGCAAUGUGGCUUGGGUCGCCUGUGCAGCAUUAGUUUGUGCUACCACAAGUCAGUUCUAACCCUGGGUGCCCAGGAGCUAGUAUUCUUAAAUCCUUUCUAUCACUAAACUUAAUUCUCUUAUGUACCUGUCUGAUCCUCUAACUCUGUGUCUAACUUGCAUUUUUUAAAAAAAAUCAAAAAAAAAAAUAAAAGCUUUCUUUACAGCCAACCCAAGCUUAACAUGGACUCAGGUUCCCCAGCAGCCUUAAUUUGUUUUGUUACCAUCUGUUUCUUCUCUUUCAACAUUGCUAAGUAUUUCUGAGCCAUCCAUUAGAGUGUUGUGUUUGUCUGAUCACCUCAGUUUUCCUCUUAAUCACAAACUAACCUCACAGUUUGAGGUUUCUGUGUGUGCUAUUCUGUGAACCACCCAUGCUCCUUUGCUCCCCUUCCCUCAUAUAAUAACUAUAUUAAUAAGUUUUUGGCCUUGAGUUGGCUGAAAAAAAAAUUAAAAGAAACAAUCUUUAAAAAAGCAGAUCUCUAGAUUACAUAAGCGAAAAAUAAGCGCUGAUCAUUUGAACAAGCAAAAUUAGAAUGCCCACUGGGGGAAACGUGUCUGAAUCUUACUCUCCUAGAUCUGUGGGACUAGGGCUCAUGGGGAGUAUGUCAAAGUUGCAGUGAAUGCCAAAGUCUAGAGAGGUUGUAGAGCUGAGAAACAGAAAUGAGUAAGCCAAAGAAAGGAGUCCUAAUACAUCACCACACCUAGGAGGGAGCGGAGACAGACAGAAGAAAAUACUGGAAGCAGGGAUGAGACGGCCAGGUUGGCGAGAAUGAGUUGAGUGGGGUGUCCUGGGCAGUUUGGAAGAAGGGGCCUUUUUGACAGUAUUGUAGAGGUGAGGGCUGGCUGCAUAAGAAAACCCAAGGUCAGAAUGGACAUCAGGAAAACUGAGGGGCAGUGGGGCACUGCAUCAGAAGAGGACCCUUGAAAUGGGAGUCAGUGUUGAUGUUGUCAGUUGAACUUGGUGGGUUAAUUACUGUUGGCAGUGUUAAUUGUAGACGUUUCUCAGAAAGCAACUUGUCGAAAGUCAGGUUGUCUAUCCCAACCUUAAGUUAGUGAAAAAUUAGGAACUUAAAUGCCAAAACAUCAGGGGAAUGAUUAAGUAAAUGUAUCCAUGGGCUCUUAUGCAGCUGUUUAAAAAUGAUAAUCGUGAAGAGUUAUGUAGCAACGUGGAAGUAUAUUUACAGAAUAUUAAGUGGAGAAAGCAGGACACAAAAUUAUAUUUAUACUACAAUUAUAACUGUUUAAAGUGUGUGCUUAUAGUCAAAAGCUGUUGUGUUGUUGUAGGCUUAUAGUUGAGCAUUAUUUUUCUUAAAUUUCUUGAAUGUUCUUUACAGUAGUAUUAAACUAAAAAGGUUCUGAUCACAUUUCCAUUGUGAACAUAAUUUGAAUUCAUUAUCAAUCAUUUGGAAAAUACAGAAAUGUGGAGGGAAAAAAAUCCAUAUCCCCACCAUCCAAAGACAGAAAAUACUCUUCAGUAUCUUGUUUAUUCUUGUUUCUGUGCACAGGUUUAUGAUAACUGUGUCAUAAUGUGUAUUCAAAGUAGCUAUUGUUACUUUUGUGGGUUAUAGUUAAGUACUUAAUUUUUUCAAAUGUUUCUUAUAGUAGUGUCCUGUUAACAAAGUUUAACAUGUAUGUGUCCAUUAUAAGCAUAAUGUGUACCCAGAGGAAAAAUCAGAAAAUAAACAAUUAGAAAAGAAAAAAAAUUCACCCAUACUCCCAACACCCACCAACUACUGUUAACAUCUUGAUCUGUUUCCUCCAUCUUUCAGUGCACAAGCUUGUGAUUAUAACAGUGUUAAAUAUGUAUGCAUAAAGUCUAAAAUGAAAAGAAAUGUGGAAAAUAAUUAAAAUAGUGUUGUCAAUUGUGGGAUUAUGGUUAACUAUUUUGUCUCAAAUUCCUUGAAUAAUCUUUGGUGUUUUUGUACUAAAUUUUAUGUAUGUAUUUUUCCAUUACAAAUAUAAUACAUACUCAUAGAAAACUUUGGGAAAUUUGGUAAAGUAAAAGAAGGAAAUUCACCCAUAUCCCCAACAACAACUACUGUUAACAUCUCGAUCUGUGCACUGGUCUGUGAUUAUUAGGAUGUUGAUAAAUAUGCAUGUCAAAGAUGGGAAGAAAUUUGGAAAACAAGAAAUAGUUGUGUGGUUGUUGUGGGAUUAUGGUUAAGUAUUUUGUCUUGGUUUUCUUGAGUGGUCUUCUAGCAUAGUGUUUUGGUAGUCUACCUUUAUUACAUAUAUUUCUAUUAUAUAUGCAGUCUGUGUUCAUUAUAGAAACUUUGAAGUUACAGAAAUGUAGAAAAGAAACUCACCCAUAUUUUCACUAUCCAAAGACUGUGGUUAACAUCUUGAUAUAUUUUCAUCAUCUCGUUUCUGUGCACAGGUUUUUGGUUUGUUAAUAUGGUUGUGGUUGUUCUAUCUGAAAUAGUGUCAACAAUAAAAAUAAAAUUAAAAAUAA